UGUCAUUCUGAGCAACGGUCACACUCCUACGCAUGUCAAACAAAUAAAUUUAAAUAAUUGGCAAAUCAAUUGCAUAAAAUGAAGGAGUUCUGCCGCACCUGCGGCAAGACCGUCGUGGCCGAUGAAUGCCUUCAGAUCUUCACGCCUGCGGGCCGAAAGUUGCUGCAGUGCGUCCGUUCCAUCACAAAUUGCUGGCUGCAGAAUGUCCAGGAUUUGCCCAAUCACAUAUGUACGGACUGCCAGGUGCUGCUCAGCCAGGUGCAAAAGUUCCGGCGGCGUUGUGCCAAGAUCGAGAAGUACUUCGCCAGGCGGCGGAGGAGAAUGAAUCUCGGCGAGGCUCCAGCGGCCAUGGAGCAACUUCGCGUCCAGCAGGCAGCUGCUCCGGAUCCGCUGGGCAUUGACGAGCUGAUGUCGGCCAGUGACAUCAAAAUAGAACCCAUCCAGUUGCAAAUGGAAGAGGACCCACAAGCGCCGUAUCCCGAAAAUCAGCUUGAACAAGCUCUUAGCUAUGGCAAUGCACCGGGUGAGGACAUCCUACCCCUUCCCGAGGACUAUGGAGAGGCACAGACUGAAGUGGCGACCACUACCAACGAGCCAGCACAGCGAAGAAGCAAGAACACGGCCAAAAUAAAGUCCAAGAAGCACACAAUGCGCGUGGGCCGAAAGCUGAUCCAUGUAAAAGUCAUCGAUGAUAAGCAGCCAAAGCGUAUUGUGGACCGCAAUGGACCCAGCGCCAAGCCCUGCAUCUGCGAGCACUGCGGCCGGCAAUUCAAAGACACCAGCAAUCUCCAUGUCCAUCUGCUGCGGCACACGGGCACCAAGCCGUUCGAGUGCGACCAGUGCCACCAGAAGUGCUACACGCUCCACCUGCUGCGGCGCCACCAGCUGAAGCACACGGAGGGUCCCUACGCCUGCACCUUCUGCGGCCUGGAGUACAGCACGAACAGCUCGCGCGUGAGACAUGAAAGGGAGGCCUGCAAGAAGGGACGAGCGCCGCAAUCCAAGUGGGAGAUCAUCAAGAAGGGCGAGCGCACUUUCCACUGCGAGGUGUGCGAUCUCUGGUUCCUGCGCGCCGGCAACUUUACUCAGCACAUCAACUCUUCCAGUCACAUCGAAAACGAACGAAGAAAGAAAAGAAAAUCAAAUCCAACCGCCAUUAAUUCAUAAAUCCAACUAAGUGAAAAUUG